UUCCGACCUAUGCUAACAAUAUUUUUAAAUUAUUUGAAUUAUUACAUUUAUUAAUAGAAAGACGUUAUACUGAAUAGUUAUGUGUUUAGAUUAGCUAGUAUUAUCAAAGAUCAGUACCGUAGCAAUGGAUUUGAAUUUAUAAGAGGAGCGCUUUUGUUUUAUGUUAAAAAGAAGAACUGAUUAUUUUCAAAUGAUUGCUUAUUAGUUGCAGCGAAAGUCUAUAAAUUUAAAAAAAUGUCAGUUUCUGACAAAAUUAUUAGAUGCGUUGAAAAACUAUGGACAGAUGAAGAAUUUUGUGAUUUUACAGUUCAAAUUGGUGAAGUGUCCAUUAAAUGUCAUAGCAUUAUCCUCGCGGCUUGUUCGCCGUUUUUUCUUGGACUGCUGAGAUCUGGAAUGAAAGAAGCCAACGAGGGACGUGUAGUUCUACAAGAUAUAUCAGUCUCCACCUUUCAGUUAAUCCUGAAAACUUUGUACACCGGUGAAGACGUGUUGAGUCUUGAGAACUUCAUAGAAAUCUGGCACGCUGUAGAUAUGCUCCAGAUUGGAUUUCUUGUAGAGUUAUGUGAAACAUUCGCUGCUAAAAACAUAAAACUGGAAAAUUUUACUAGAAUCUUAUCCAGUGCUAAACUACUCGAUUCUAAAUUAGUGCUGACUUUAGUCAGAAAUUUCAUGGUCCAGAACAUUAAAGCUAUACACGAAACAAAGAGUUUCAUGCAAAUAUCAAGUGAUGAAAUGCUUUGUUUGAUUGGCAGACAUGAUCUUAAUUUCACAAGCGAGUAUUCUGUUCUAGAGUUUGUUCUAGAUUGGAUAGAUUUCGGGGAUUCUCAACCUGUAAAUAGCUGUACUGGAAACAAUAAAAAGUUAAAAACAACAGUACCAGUUAAUACUUUACUGAACAACAACGCUAAUCAUAAUAUGCUGCGAAGCUGUUUAAAAGACGAUAUAGGGCCUGAAAACAAAUGUGAUGCAACUAACAAUAAACAAAAAUCCAAUCAACCUAAUUCAAAACAAUUGGAUAAUUUGUGUUGCAACUCUAAAACAACAACUUCAGAAAAUCUUAGCGGUGAUAGAUUCAAUCAACUUAACACCUUACUGAGUCAAGUGAGAAUUUGUACCAUAAGUCCAGGUCUGCUAAUGAAUUUUCUAGAACAUCGCCUCGUUAAACCUAACGAUGAGGCGAGGCAAAUAAUCAUCUCAGCUAUCUUGAAGCAGACGUCUUUUCGUCAUGGACAAUGGCCAACUGCAGGUAUCCACAGACAGUUUCACGAGUAUGGCAACUAUGGAGUUUACCUGUUAAAAACACGGGUAAAUGUAGUUAUAUUAGACCCAUUCGAUGAAGAAAUGUAUAAACUGAAAUUACGUAAAGGGUAUCUACAAAACGUUCAGCUGGUUUCUUUUGACAAUAAACUGUACGCCGUAGGUGUAAAAUUAUCCUGGUCAAACAACAGUAGUGUGUAUGUUUACAGUAACAAUACAUGGACACAUCUUAUUGACAUACCAAAAAGUGAACAGUUAUUAGCAAGCAAUGAACAACACAUAUACAUUACAAGCGUCGUGGGAAAUGUAAUUUAUCAAUUCGACCCAAAAAGUAAACCUCCAAUUAUGAUUCCAUUUUCAACUGUUCCAAAAGGAUAUGUUGCAAAACAGGUUAUGAGCUACCAAAUUUACCUUAUCUUUUUCUGUACUAAGAAAGUCAAUCGUAUCGAGACAACAGUCGUCCAUAUGUUAGACCUUCAGGCCAAAAGCUGGACAAAACUGGACAACCUCGAUGGACCAGCUGACAACAUCAUCACUUUUCGUAACGACGACAACCACUUUGUGCUACAAACAAACGGCAACUUGUGGACUUUGAACAAAAACGCUGACAACAUCACAUUCACUUGUGUAGCAAAACUGUGGAGACAGGAGUUAAUUCUAUACGGGGCUGUUGUUUACGGAGAAAAGCUGAUCAUCUCUUACAACAAUCGUGAAAGUAAUCCAAAAGAUUCAUUUGUUUAUACACUAGACAACAUGUUUCGUACAAUCAGGUACUGGAAAAUAGAAUCUUGCUGUUCAAAUUUUAUUCCCUGUGUUCUGAAUAAAUCAUGUCUAUCUGAAUAUUCAAACCAAAGUGAUCACUUAGCUUAUGAUUCUUACUCUGAUGACUCUGACUAA